AUAGAUAUCAAUGCAAAUGGCCGAGGAAUCAAAUGUGUUACACGCUUCAACUAGCAAUUUUGAUUCAAGAACAAUUGGUAACGAUACUGAGCAGGCGGUGCAAGCUACUACAUUACAAAAUCCAGUAGUUGAGGAUGAUGGUGAUACAGUACCCGAUGUUUUCAAGUGCGCAAUCUGCUUUGAAAUACUUCUAGAACCCACAACAAUUAACUGUGGUCAUUCGUUUUGCAGGGUUUGUCUUGCACGAUGGUUUGAAGCUCGAAAACUUGCUCGACAAGCUUUCAUUUGUCCCGAGUGUCGAAAACAGUGGGCUGCUUAUCCCGAAAUAGACUAUUCCCUCAGGGAUGCUAUGGAAAUUUGGUAUUCUGAGCUACUGAACGCCAGAAAAGAAGCACUGACAAAUGAUGACAGAAGUGUUUUAGCUCGUUUUAGAGAAUUAGGUCCAGACACAUUUGAUCAAUUUGGUAGAAUGGGAAGACCAAUACUGAACAGGCGAAUCCCGCUAACAAUGAGAGGCAUGCAGUUUUUGUUAGCUGUUCUCAUGAAUGCAGCCCUUAUCUUGGGAAUAAUUUUGCUUUCGCUUGUGAACAUGUUAGUUGCUCCGGUGGCAGAAAUGGGAGAUGAUUUCCAAAAAGACGAUUCGAGAAUAGAUAUUUUUCAAUGGUCUGUUAAUGAUGUAGAUCAAUGGCUUGAUAGUCUGGGCCAGUGGACAGCAGCAUAUAGACCAGCUUUUAAAGAAGCUAAAAUUGACGGGUCAUGGCUCCUCAUUUUAGACGAAGAUAUUCUGGGGAUGGAACCUUUGAGCGUCGAGAACAAACUUGUUGCUCGAAGAUUGAACCACGAGAUAGUAAAACUCAAGCUGGCAAACAAUGCAAAAGCUUCCUCGACGCUUAAACGCGAUCAAAUUGCCAACCCCGAACAAGUUUCAUCGACGACUUCAAACUUGGUGGAAGUUGAGACAAAGUCUGCGUCUCAAAGUGGUGCAAACCGGACUCCUGGAACUAUUGCAGUAUCUCGUCAGAAAGUUUUUGUCUUAAUACUGGGUUUACUCCAUUUUCCUCGCACAAUCACGUUUAUGUCCUAUUUCGUGAUAGAUUUUCAGCCGAUUACUGAGUUUCUCAACUCAGUGAACGUUAUUCAGAAAGAAAAAUUCGAAGAAGAACUACCGGAAGUCUCUUGGUGGAUAGCCGCUAGGUUUUUAGUUCUCCCUCAGUUUACCAUUAUUUACGAAGCCGUUCGAUCUGGGGGUCAGAUAGAAGGUUUUGUUCGUCUUCUGGUUUUGAUUCUUCUCAUCCGAAUGUGCGAAGAGCUGAAACUCUACUUUAUAUCGUUGCGUCUGCUCCUUGCUCGGCGAAAUGGUGAAUUGUACAAGCUAUGGGUUGCUGCGUUUUGCAGAUUUGGGCGAGACUUUUCGAUGGUUGUCGCGAUGGGAUAUUUGCAUACCAUUUUACCAUCGGCGCUUAUAGACGUCUACUUCUGUUACAUUGUUUGCUACCCCGCCCUCGCAUUCGUGUACUCGCUGUCUCGUUUCUUGUAUAGGCGUGUUCCUUUCUUCCGCAAUGUUGGUGUGUUAUUUGUCCAAACUAUGGAACGAGGUUUGAACAUCGCAGUAACAUAUCUGCUUCGCCUAGUUUUUGGCUGGCUUAUUCCCCAAAUUAUUCGUCUUCUGGAGCCAGCAUUCAGACAAGCUGCCGCUGACCACAGGCAAGCUCCUCCUCAACCGCAGCCGAACAUUGCGCAACAACGCAGACCAGCCGCAGAAGGGGGCGGUGGACGGGCAUUUCUGAAUUUACUGGCUGUAGACAUUAACCAGGACGGGGCUAGAAUGCGGCGAUUUCCGCCCAAUCAAAACCUUGAGCAGAAUGACAUACCCAUUGAAUAAAAUUGUAUAAAAUUUAAUGGCGACUAAGUCAAAGUUCCUUGUUACACUCAUGCAUAAUUUUCCUGUUUUAAAAGUCAAGAGACUGUAACAUACUAAAAAUAGAUAUAAACUAGAUUGCACUAAAGUCUUGCAAAUUUAUUUUCAGCUCGCG